AUGCGCUACCGUGUGGCUGUUGGCGGGAUUCGAGAGGGAACCCCAAGACACAACGCGACGAAAGAAUUCUUCAAUGCGAUCGGAGCGCCCCCCUCCACCAUUGCUUCACGUCUAUUCGGUGUCAAAUUUACCACAACUACUGCAGAACAGCGCCUAGUUGAAACCUUUGGUGAUGAGGAUGGCGCCGAUCUCCAAACUCAACAUGUCCGGCCUACUCCCUGGAGCUGUUACCAUCCGGUAUGAUGUUUCUACUCCACUUCAUCGGCCUUCAUGCCUCUAGCACUCCAUCGGUCUGUCUUCAGUUUCCAGCAAAAUUUUCCCCACACCGGAUAGCCAGCAGUGGGCCAGCUGAUGACUGACCAGAUCUUACGACACAGAACAUGUAAAGACCUGAGGCUUCGUGAAGGGAUGGCAUUCUUACAAGGGCCGUUCCUGUCUGCUAACCUGUUCAGUCGAUGGUCGGAAUCCACCCUCGCCUCUGGCCGGAUGUAGGGACGGUAAUUGUUGUCAAGACUCUUCUUGACCAUGGAGCUGCCAUCUUCGACGUUCUUCCUGCCAUUGCAACUGACCGUGGGGCUCAGUUUGGACCCACUUCUUAUGGUCCUUCCUCCUCCUCCUCCUCCUCCUCCUCCUCCACCAUUUUCUAG